GAUAAAAAGAAGCAACAAGUUCGCCUCUUUGUCGAAUCUUCUAUCGUGAGUGGUCGCAACAAAAUGUGGUGGAAAAGUGUCCUACAAAUUCCUGCGAGAUUUUCAAGGAACGCUUGGAAAAAUUGUCACACCGUGAGAUAUUUUUCCCAAGGGAUCGAAGAAAAUGGCAAGAACCGAUUGAGCAGCGCUGAAAAAUCGCCGAGAAUACUUAUCACGGGUGGUCUCGGCCAAUUGGGCACAGAAUGCGCGAAGCUGCUUCGCAAAAAGUACGGAAGCGAGAACGUGAUACUGUCUGAUAUAAUCAAACCGACGGAAGAAAGUCUAUCGAACGGACCGUUUAUCUUCGCCGAUAUUCUCGACUUCAAAGGGUUGCAGAAGAUCGUGGUGAAUUACAGGAUCGAUUGGCUGAUUCAUUUCAGUGCUCUCCUUAGCGCGGUCGGUGAACAAAACGUUCCUCUGGCUGUCAGAGUCAAUAUAGAAGGAAUGCACAACGUUAUCGAGCUAGCGAAACAGUAUAAAUUAAGGAUAUUCAUUCCGUCAACGAUCGGAGCAUUUGGUCCGGACUCACCGAGGAAUCCAACCCCGAAUGUGACCAUUCAACGACCACGAACGAUUUAUGGCGUUAGUAAAGUUCACGCUGAAUUAUUGGGCGAAUACUAUCAUCACAGAUUCGGUCUCGACUUCCGGUGUCUUCGAUUUCCAGGAGUGAUCAGCUGCGAUCCACCUGGUGGCGGUACCACAGACUAUGCGGUCGCUGUUUUUCACGAGGGGAUGGUUACUAGAAGGUACGAGUGUUACUUGGAACCUCAUACGAGAUUGCCGAUGAUAUAUAUAGAGGAUUGUCUGUCUGCUCUCUUUCAAUUCUUGAACACUCCGAAUCAACGAUUACGAAGAAGGGUGUACAACGUCACUGCCAUGAGUUUCACACCCGAGGAGUUGUUCAGUGAACUUAAAAAGCACGUUCCUGAUUUGAAGAUCUCGUACAAGCCGGAUGGAAGGCAAUACAUCGCUGACAGUUGGCCACAAGUUUUCGACGACAGCGACGCGCGUCGAGAUUGGGGAUGGGAACACAAGUAUAAUUUAGAAAAACUCGUGGAAUCGAUGGUACACGAUAUGAAAAAGAAUUUUUCAAGCAAAAGAUCGUUAACAGAGGUCAACAGUUACGUAUAAUGUAAUACCAUUU